AUGACCAAUAACUCCAUGUCCACCCCUGCGUUGAAGCCCAAACGGGCCAAGGCCUCCAAGAAGUCCACGGACCACCCCAACUAUUCAGAUAUGAUCGUGGCUGCCAUCCAGGCAGAGAAGAACCGCGCCAGCUCCUUGCGCCAGUCCAUCCAAAAGUAUAUCAAGAGCCACUACAAGGUGGGUAAGAACGCUGACUCCCAGAUCAAGUUGUCCAUCAAGCGCCUGGUGACCACCUGUGUUCUCAAGCAAACCAAAAGGGUGGGUGCCUCGGGGACUUUCAGGCUGGCCAAGGGUGAUGAGUCCAAGAGGUCGGUGGCUUUCAAGAAGACCAAGAAGGAAGUCAAGAAAGUGGCCAAUCCGAAGAAGGCAGCUAAGCCCAAGAAGGCUGCCGCCAAAGCUCUAAGCAAGAAACGCAAAGCCACCCCUGUCAAGAAGGCCAAGAAGAAGCCGGCUGCCAUGCCCAAGAAAGCCAAAAAGCCCAAGAUUGUCAAAGCCAAUCGGACAAGACAACCAAACCCAAGAAGGCCAAACCAGUGA